AUGGCCACACCCCCUGGUCCAGAAACGACCGAUCCUACAAAUCCUCAAUUUCCGAUUGAGGGCCAUCAUUAUAUAGAGGCGGCAGAGAUAAGCGACGAUGUGUCCGAUUCUGCCUAUGGUGAAGAAAAUGAGAGCUACACCACGAGCCUCAAAUCGAGCAUCACUAAUUAUAGAUAUGAAAACGGUCGCCGUUACCAUGCUCCUACGGAUAAAUGUGACAAGUAUCCUUCCGCAGAGGUCUUGGGCAAUGACAUAAGUCCAAUACAGCCAACAUUGGUACCACCCAACGUACGGUUCGAAGUGGACGAUAUAGAGAAUGAGUGGGUGUACUCGUCGAAAUUUGACUUUAUUCAUGCUCGCUAUCUUGCCGGCUCCAUCAAAGACUGGCCGAAGCUGAUGCGCCAGGCGUUCAAAUUCACCAAACCGGGAGGUUGGGUGGAAUUCCAAGAUUUCAACAUGCGAUUCUACACCACCAGUGGUGGAGAGUUCAAACCUGGCUGUCCAUUGGACCAGUGGACGACCGAGGUCAUUGAAGGCCUGAAGACUCUUGGGAUGGAACCGGAGCCUGGCCCCAAGUUGGAGGGGUGGGUAAAGGAGGCGGGUUUCAUCAAUGUCCACCACCAAGUGCUACCGCUCCCAGUAGGGGUGUGGCCCAAGGACAAAAAGAUGAAAGAAAUAGGAGCUCUCGACUACCACCAAUUCCUCGACGGUCUGGAAGGAAUCUCCCUGCGCGUUUUCACGAACGUCCGGGGUUGGAAGCCGGAGGAGGUGCAGGUCUUUCUCAUCGACGUGAGAAAGGACCUCAACAAUCCCAGACUCCGCGCGCAACACAAUUUUUUAAUGCAUUCUUUCCAUCAUUUCUAUCUAACUGGCAUGUGA